AAGCAAAUUUAUACAUUUUUUUGUAUAGUACUUGAUUUGAACUAUUUCAGUUUAAACCAAUGAAAAUGAAUACUUCUUGGCGAAGGAGAUGACUUUUUUGCAAAAUUAUUAGAGCAGCAUACAAUUCAUCUUUCUUGGAUACAAACAGAUUGUUCAUAAAAGCUCAAACACUGAGGUAGAUUAGUGGCAUCAUCGGGUUUUAAUAUUCCAAUUCAUCUUGAAUUGAAUGCCUUUCCCAUCUUUGCCUUAAUCUAAUUCAAAAACAGACAGACGACUGCUUUGUUUUUCUACUUCAAAUGGUUGGGUUUUUCUUUCGUCGUAUUUUGCAGCAUCGCUCUCAAAUCCUAUUGGGACAACGACUAAGAGCUAUGAGAUUUAGAUUGGGAAGGGAGAGAAGGCGUAAUAUGCGUGCGAUGGAAUUAUUGGAAGAUUGGGAAGGUGAAGCUGCAGAGAUGGAGGACCAAAUUAGGAGGAUUAGGGGAGAGAUGGAGAGACAGCUUGUAGCCGAUAUCUUAACCGAUCUGUGGGUUUACGAUUGUCUCAUUCAGCUUGAAAACGACCCUUUCAUGAGGGACGCUUUGCAAAGAAUCCACGCUCAGAAUCUCGAUCCAAGGAACCUUAUUUAUACAAACCAACUUCGACCUUUUCAGGAACGACGCCGCCGCUACCUCCGCCGCCGCCGCCGAUCGUCGCCAUGAAUAGUUCGAUGGUGGGGGCGUAGUUUUGUUUUUUCUUUUUUUCAGUAUUUUUAAGGGUAAACUAUUAAAAUAGUUAUUUUUGUUUGACUUUAAUUACAUUUUAGUCACUUAUAUUUAAAAUGUUAUGUUUUAAUCACUUAAGUUAUUAUUUUGUUACGAAA